AAAAGCCAAUGCAUUCUCUCCCCAUCUUCGGAAUUCCCGGAAGGAUUUUUUACGCAGCAGGAGCGAGAAGAUGGAGGCAUUGUUAUCUAUUUCAUCAUCAUUCUUUAUAUGUUCCUGGCUGUGUCCAUUGUAUGUGAUGAUUACUUCCUUCCGUCCCUAGAGAUGAUCAGCGAGUCCCUCGGCCUCUCCCCGGACGUUGCAGGAGCCACUUUCAUGGCAGCGGGCAGCUCUGCGCCUGAGCUGGUCACAGCUUUCCUAGGUGUUUUUGUCACAAAGGGAAACAUAGGCGUCAGCACCAUCCUCGGCUCUGCUAUAUACAACCUCCUCGGGAUCUGCGCAGCCUGCGGCCUCUUCUCUAGUGUGGUUUCAAGACUGUCCUGUUGGCCCCUGUUUAGAGACUCUCUGGCCUAUGCUGUUAGCGCAGCCGCUGUUCUUGCGAUCAUAAUUGACAAUCAAGUUUAUUGGUACGAAUGCGCUUGCCUCCUGUUGAUAUAUGGAGUCUACAUACUGAUUCUGUGUUUUGACAUUAAAAUCAACCAGUACGUGAUAAAGAUGAUCAGUCCUUGUAGCUCCUGCUUCACAGUGACCCCAGAUGAAGCAGAGCAGCAACCCCUGAUUGGAUGGAAAGAGGACGUGGGGCCCCUUGUGCACCGACAGUCAAGAACGGACAGCGGGAUCUUCCAUGACGAGUCGGAUUAUUCUCACCUUUCAAUAAGCUUACAUGGUCUCGAUACAGUUUCUGAAGAUCCUCCCAAUGUGUUCACUGUGCCUGAGGCAGAUCUGAAAAGGAUUCUGUGGGUCCUCUCUCUUCCCCUGAUUGCUUUGUUCUAUUGGACUACCCCUGACUGCCGAAGACGGUUCUGGAAGAAUUGGUUCAUGGUUACAUUCUUCAUGUCAGCAGUGUGGAUUUCUGCAUUCACAUACGUUCUUGUGUGGAUGGUAACAGUCGUGGGGGAAACCUUGAAAAUUCCAGAUACUGUAAUGGGCCUUACAUUGCUUGCAGCAGGAACAAGUAUACCCGAUACCAUUGCGAGUGUGCUGGUAGCCAGAAAAGGAAAAGGAGAUAUGGCCAUGUCCAACAUUAUAGGAUCCAAUAUAUUUGAUCUGCUGUGUUUGGGAUUGCCCUGGUUUAUAAAAACAGCCUUUGUGGACAGCGCCGGUCCUGUGCAAGUGAACAGCAGUGGUUUGACUUACACUGCCAUCUCCUUAGUUUGCUCCAUCGUCUUCAUAUUUCUGGCCAUUCACCUGAAUGGCUGGAAGUUAGACAAAAAACUGGGGGCGGCCUGUCUAAUGAUGUACUUCACGUAUGCCAUCUUAUCCAUUCUGUAUGAACUUGGAGUCAUAGGAAACAAUCCUUUCGGGAUUUGUGGCAACUAGGUUUUGUGCUGCUGCAUUUUCAACAUUGUCGUAAAGGAUAAAAUAAAAAUAAGAACAAAGAAUGAAAAGGACUUGCUUAUUCAUUUAGUCAAAUAAAAAAAUCCUAUAAUAUGCCCUUUGGGCUCUAAAAUCUAUUUACAGAAAUUCCACAUCAUGACAUAAAAUACAUGAUAAAACUCAAAACUGACAAGAACUGGUGUUUCCUCACAGAAAUAGGAGUAGCAAUAACAAUGAAUGCAUGGAAAA